AUGACUACGAAACGCCCCAACUUUCUUGUGAUUGUCGCCGACGACCUUGGCUUCUCUGAUGUGGGGUGCUUUGGUGGCGAGAUUCGAACCCCGCACAUUGAUAAGAUCGCAGAGGAGGGCUUGCGCUUUACUGAUUUCCAUGCGGCAGCAGCAUGCUCUCCUACUCGCGCUAUGAUAAUGACCGGUACCGAUCACCACAUUGCAGGUUUGGGGAACUUGAUCGAAUGGACCAACAUCUCCGGUCAGAAUGGCCCCAAGGGUUCUUCCAUGAGUACUGCCCCGCAGCGUGGUAUGCCUGGGUAUGAGGGUUAUCUGAAUGAACGCGUGGUUGCGCUUCCCGAGGUUCUGCGGGAUGCGGGGUACCACACCAUGUUGUCGGGCAAGUGGCAUCUAGGCCUAACACCCGAGCGAUCCCCUCACAAGCGUGGAUUUGUUCGCUCAUUCGCCCACCUCCCCGCUUGCUCAAACCAUUAUGCCUAUGAACCCCAAUUGCGCGACAAUGACGAUAUCCCUACCUUCAUCGAGGCGAGCUAUAUCGCGCUGCACAGCGAGGAUGGGGAAUACGUGCGCCAUCUUCCCGAGGGCUGGUACUCAUCGGACGGCUAUGGAGAUAAGAUGAUUGAUUACCUGCGUGAGUGGAAAGAGACCGGGGGCAGUGCUGGACCGAAUGGAGACGGGGACCGCCCGUUCUUUGGUUAUCUUCCUUUCACAGCACCCCAUUGGCCACUCCAGGCACCGCGCGAGUAUAUUGAUCACUACCGUGGAGUUUACGAUAAGGGCCCAGAUGCUCUGCGGUUGAAGCGCCUGCAACGCCUGAAGGAGCUGGGCAUGAUUCGUGAAGAUGUGGAGGCACACCCUGUCGUCGCCGAGGAGAUCAAGGAUUGGGAUGCAUACACCGAUGAGGAGAAGAAGAAGUCCUGUGUCUCAAUGGAAGUCUUCGCCGGAAUGGUGGAGUGUAUUGAUGCGAAUGUGGGCAAGGUCGUCGAGUAUUUGCGCUCGAUCGAUGAACUCGACAACACAUUCGUCUGCUUCAUGUCCGACAACGGCGCAGAAGGCGCCGCCUACGAAGCCUAUCCAAUGGUACAAAACGGCGUGAUGCCCCACCUGCAAAAAUACUACGACAACAGCCUCGAAAACUUGGGCGCUGGCAACUCAUUCAUCUGGUACGGUCCGCGCUGGGCGCAGGCUUCAACCGCUCCGUCUCGUCUGUACAAAGCAUACACAACUGAGGGUGGAGUACGAGUCCCCUUCACUUGCCGCUUCCCCAAGAAUUUUAAUCUCAAGCCCGGCGACGCCACAGCCCCCAAGGGCGGUAUCACCGAUCAAUUCGCCACCGUCAUGGACUUAGCACCCUCCAUUUUAGAGAUGGCCGGUGUCAAGCACCCAGCACCGACAUAUCAGGGCCGAGAGGUUGUAUCCAUGCGCGGCCGCAGCUGGCAACCUUGGGCAACUGGACAAGCCGAGCGUAUUCACCCGAAGGACUUCAUCCAGGGCUGGGAAACCUGUGGCCGAGCUGCACUCCGCUGCGCCGACUGGAAGAUCGUCUUCAUCCCGAAGCCUAAGGGACCCGAGAAGUGGCAACUAUACAACCUCGUCGAAGACCCCGGUGAGAUCCAUGAUCUGGCAGACCAGGAGCCAGAGAAGAUGAAAACACUACUUAAACUGUGGGACCAGUAUGUUCUGGAGACAGGUGUCAUCCCUCUAUGUCCCGAUCUGGGUGCCUUUUUGGAGGCGACCGAGGCACAGAUGCCCGAGAAUGCAUGGAUGGAGUUUGAUUAUUGGAAGAACGGUGCUCGGGAUACACCUGAGAAGUUCACCCGUGAACCGCCUCGCUUUCAGCGAAGUGUUCAACAAUGGUAG